AUGUCAAUUCAGGAUUCGACCCCAGAUGAUCAAAUAUCAACAUUGAACAGUUUUGAAAGUAACAUUCAUACAAAAGACCAGUCAAACUGUAUUGUUGCUGAGAAAUCUUAUCCUGUUCGAUUAGAUUCAGCACAUUUCCUCGAGUCAACAACUAAUGCAAUACAAAGCCGAAAUCUUGAAUCUUCAAAUUUUGUUGACAGCGCGCUAGUAAUUGAUACGAAAAGCAACUCUCUAUUAAAUAGAAAAUCCGACAUUGCUCAGAACGAAAUUAAACUAAAUUAUCCAAAUCAGCCCAAAAGCGCACAGUCGGACAAGCAAGAAAGUGUUCAGGAUUCCUCCGAUGAUUUUCCGGAACCUCCACCAAGUGUUGCAAAGAAUAAACAUACUGAUUCAAUCUCCACUUCUAACAAAAAUCCGAUACAGCAUUUUUCUGAAAGUUAUCUCAUAACUAUCUUUAUUGUUAAUGUUGUUUGUUUAUUGAUAAUAACAUUCUUUGAUAAUACUCGAGUAACGUUGGGUGUUGAACUUUGUCGAGAGCAAACAGCCAAUAUAACUGCAGUGAAAUUUCCCGUGAAGAAACAAAAAACUGCUAUAUCACAUCAUUGUCAGGAAUCAGCUGAUUCUUCAGCUGUUGAUGAACAAUUCGAGAAAAUUAUAACCGAUACAUCAUCAUUGAUUCCUUACACAAAUUCUGCAUUGGCUGCAAUUCAGAUGAGAUCAAAAAAUAAUUUUAACUCUUUAAAUAGCUUAAAACGACUCGAUUCGCCUGAGGCAAUGAGAUCACAAAGUUCCUCAAUCGAAGAGAGUGUUGCCAAAAUUCCAUCAACGUUGAGAACAGUUGAGAUACAAUUUGAAGACAAACCAUGCACCGCAUCUCAGCCAAAGUUAUCAAGCAAUUAUAUGGCUAAUAAUGGUGAAACAAUUGUAAUUAAUCUUGAACUAAGCCAAUCAAAAAAUCUCAACAAAAAUUUCGGUUUUACGUUGACCGGUGGGAAAGAUGUAAACGCAUCAUUAACUGUCGAUACAGUUCUUGCAGGAAGUUCAGCUGACAGAAAUGGUCUUCAGAUUGGUGAUAUUGUGCUUAGUAUUAAUGGGGAAACAGUAAGUGAUCGCUAUCAUCAAUCGGUUAUGCGUAUGUUAAACGAAGCAGUUCGUCUUGGCGAAAUUGAGUUGGAAAUUAAAAGACCCAGUCAUGGCUCAGAUUAUACUAAUGCGAUUCAUACCGUUCCCGAAUUUGAACAAAAAUCGAUUGGUCCGAGUUCAUUUGACGAAAAACGAUCGGUGUUUGCUCAAAAUUGCAAUAUGAAGGAUAGUUUCUAUGAAUUUCGGAAACAAAUGAAGCAGAAUCAGUCUUCAAAAUGGUCAACAAGUAAUUCAACUGCAAAGCAGAAUCAUAUACGAAAACAUCUGAAAUUUUUACCUGUCGCAUCUGCCGUUUUGAUGAGGAAUAUGCCUGUUACAAAAACGAACUCUUAUGAUAAGCAGUCGGCAAUAGAGCGACAUCCAAAUGUGGAGAACGAGAGAGCAGUUCACAAUGCGAUUUACGAAUUCGAUUCUCGCUUAUCUAAAAGUUCAACGAUGAGCAGUGAUUCUGAUUAUCGCGUAACGUCUAUGCAUGAAAAACCAAAACCUGGACGUCUUACUGAUUUUAUUCCUGAAGUAGAACGAAAUCCCUCACAAGCUUAUAACUUUCAUGAUAAAGAAAGGAAAAGAAAUGGUUAA